GGGGAGUUAUUUCGAUUGUAUUUACGUGGAGCGGCAGCGGCGGCUGAACGUGUUGAAAUUGCGCGAGGAAAAAUGGUUAAGGCUAAAAAGGGCAAGAAAGAGAUAGCAACCAGUGCAUCUGGAGGCGUUUCAUCCGGUGAUGAAAUGGACCAAACGGAUUUGCAUGAAACUAACAUCGAUUCCGAUGCCGAAGAAGACAAUGUAAGUCUGAAGAACAAGAAGAAUCAACAAAAAACCUCGAAGAAGAAUAAGAAAAAUCGCAAAGAUUCCGAAGAGACGGAGGAUGAUGUGGGCAAUAUCACAUCUGGUGUAAAGAAGUUAGAUCUGAAGACCAAGCCCAAAAGCAAAGGCAAAUCGAAACAAAUUGAUUCAGAUGAUGAAGUUGAAGAAAAUGAUGUGGACGAAAUACCACCUAAAUCGAAAAAAGGUAAUAAAAAGAAAUCUGCUUUCGAACUGCUGGCUGCUGACGAUGACGGUGAAGAUUACGAGCCUCCAGCAGAGGAAGAUGAAGUAGUUGAAGAAGAAAAACCUAAUAAACCAACAAAGAAAGAAAUCAAAAACACCGGCAAAAAGGGGAAAAAAGCUAAAAGAGGAAAAGAUGAAGACGAAGACUUGGAUAAAAUCUUAGCGGAAUUACAAGCAGAAUAUGCUGGGGAGGCCACAGCUCCAGCAACAAACGUUGUUUCACCAGAGGAUUUAGAAGAUGAAGAGUUCACUAAAAAGAAAAAAAAUAGAGGUAAAAAGCAAAAGGCAGAUAUGGAAGCACCCGCAGAUGAUGCAGAUGAAGUUAUGGUUGGUGAUGAUGACGAAGGCGGUGACGAUGAAGAAGGCGGAACGGUUAAGACAGCAGCACAAAAAAAGAAGGAAAAAAAGGAAAGACAAAAACGGGAAGCUGCUUUGGCAAAGCAACGCGGUGCACAGCAACCUAAACUUCAGCCUACUGGAAAGACAGAUGAAUUGCCUGAGCCGGCAGUUACGGAAGAAAAGACUGAAGAACUAAAAGUUGGCGCUGAUGUCGGUUAUAAUGAGGAAGUUGGUGUGGCUGAAGAAGAUGCGGCUAAGGAUAAAAAGAACAAGAAGAAGGGUAAAAAAGAUAAAAAAGCAGAAGAAGAGGAAACUAAAAAAGAUAGUAAAAAGAAGGGCAUGUCAGCAGCUAUGGUGGCUGCUAUGCAGGAACGUUUGAAACAAAUCAAGGAGGAAGAAGAACGUCAACAAAGACUUGAAGAAGAACGCAUGCGCCAGGAAGAGGAACGUGAACGGCAACGCUUGGAAGCUAUCAGAUUGGAGGCUGAACGCAAAGAAAAAAAGAAACAAAAAGAAGCAGAGCGGAAGGCUCGUCUUAAGGCGGAAGGCAAGCUCUUAACCAAAAAACAAAAAGAAGAACGAGCGCGCGCACAAGCAAUGCUUGAAGCUUUAAAAGCUCAGGGGUUAGAAAUACCCGAUCCUACUGAAAAACGACCGACGAGAUUAGGUACUCGCAUACGUCCCAAGAAGAAAGGUCCUGCCAGCAAAGAGGAACAAGCGGAAGCUGAUGCCAAGGCUGCUGAGGAAGCUGCAGCAGCUGCUAAAGCCCAGCAAGAAGCAGCUGAGAAACAGGAAAUAGUCAAAGAUUCCUGGGAUGCCAGCGACUCGGAGGAAGAAGCCAAUGGAGAUGAUGAUACUUCGCAAGCUACAACCACUACGACGAACAAUGAUGAAAAAUCUAAUAGCGGUGGUGAGGUUGCAACUAUAGGUAGUGCUGCUAAUGCCGAGGAGUCUUCCGACGAGGAAUCUGAAGAUGAUGAUGACUCCGAGGAUGAGUCAGAAGGCUCUGAUUCAGAAUCGGAGAAGGAGGAAGCUAUUAAUGCAAAUGACGCAGAAGCACGUCGACUACGUGCUGAAGCACGUAUUCUGAAACGCCAGGACGAUGCAGAGAAGAAGCGAACAGUCGAAGAUCUGCGAGCUGCUGUGGUGUGCGUACUUGGUCAUGUCGAUACGGGGAAAACAAAGAUUCUCGACAAAUUGCGACGAACCCACGUUCAAGAUUCUGAAGCGGGCGGUAUCACACAACAGAUUGGUGCUACCAAUGUCCCAAUCGACGCAAUAAAGGAGCAAACUAAACCAGUACAUAAUUCAUCGAGUUUCGAAUUUAAAUUGCCCGGUUUAUUGAUAAUUGAUACACCUGGUCACGAAUCGUUUAGUAAUUUGAGAAAUCGUGGAUCAUCACUUUGUGAUAUUGCUAUUUUGGUGGUGGACAUUAUGCAUGGCCUAGAACCACAAACCAUUGAAUCCAUAAAUUUACUUAAAAAGAAGAAAUGUCCAUUCAUUGUCGCGCUCAAUAAAAUUGAUCGUUUGUACGAUUGGAAGGUAAUGGCUCGACGGGAUGUGCGCGAUGUGCUGAAGGAGCAAGAGGCUAAUACUCAACUUGAGUUUAAGCAACGUUCGAAAGAUGUGAUUCUCCAGUUUGCAGAACAAGGUCUCAAUGCUGCUCUCUUCUAUGAAAAUCCCGAUCCGAAAACAUAUGUUUCACUGGUACCCACGAGUGCUAUAACUGGCGAGGGUAUGGGCAAUUUGUUGUUCCUCAUUGUGGAGUUCUGUCAAAAAAUGUUGCCUAAACGUUUAAUGUACUCGGAAGAGUUACAAGCGACAGUAUUGGAAGUUAAAGCCAUUCCGGGUCUGGGUACCACAAUCGAUGCUAUUUUAAUAAAUGGAAAACUCCGUGAAGGUCAAACUAUGAUAGCGGCCGGUACCGAUGGACCAAUUGUAACGCAAAUACGUUCACUGCUAAUGCCCCAACCUAUGAAGGAAUUGCGUGUGAAGAACGCUUAUAUUGAAUAUAAGGAAGUUAAGGCAGCGCAGGGUGUUAAAAUUGCGGCUAAAGAUUUGGAAAAGGCUAUUGCGGGUAUAAAUUUACUUAUUGCGCACAAACCGGAUGAAGUGGAAAUUUGCAAGGAAGAAGUUGCGCGUGAAUUGAAGAGCGCUUUAAGCCACAUAAAACUAGCCCAAACCGGUGUGUAUGUACAAGCUUCAACUCUGGGCUCGUUGGAAGCUUUGUUGGAGUUUUUAAGAUCCUCGAAAAUUCCGUACUCUGCCAUACGAAUUGGCCCGGUUGUGAAGAGAGAUGUGAUGAAAGCGUCCACAAUGCUCGAGCAUGAGUCACAAUAUGCAACGAUUUUGGCUUUCGAUGUUAAAGUGGAGCGGGAAGCCCAGGAGAUGGCGGAUUCGGUGGGUGUGAAAAUAUUCCAAGCUGACAUUAUUUAUCAUCUGUUUGACAAGUUUAUGGCCUAUCGUGAGGAGUUGAAGCAAAAGAAACGUGAAGAAUUCCGCUCAAUUGCCGUCUUUCCAUGCAAACUUAAGAUCCUACCCCAAUUCAUCUUCAACAGUCGUGAUCCCAUUGUUAUGGGUGUAAUGGUAGAAAAUGGUAUUGUUAAAGUGGGUACACCGCUUUGUGUGCCCAGCAAAGAGUUUGUUGACAUUGGAAUUGUUACGUCUAUUGAAUCCAAUCAUAAACAAAUAGAAAGCGCACGAAAAGGACAAGAAAUUUGCAUUAAAAUUGAGCCGAUUCCCGGUGAAUCGCCUAAAAUGUAUGGACGUCAUUUUGAAGCGGACGAUUUUCUUGUGAGCAAGAUCUCACGUCAAAGUAUCGAUGCUUGCAAGGAUUAUUUCCGCGAUGACUUAAUUAAGGCUGAUUGGUCACUCAUGGUUGAAUUGAAGAAGCUUUUUGAAAUUUUGUAAGCUUCAAAGCAAAAGCAAAAUAAAGCGCAUAAAACAACAUUUAAAUAAAUUUAAUUAAAUAAGCAGAAAAAUCAUUGCAAAUGAAAAUUAAUUAAACACAAAAAUUAUGCAGACAAAAAUUACAAACGAAUAUUAAAAGAAAUUAAAUAAAAAAAAAAUGAAGCAAAUAAAAUAAAAAUAAAAAGAAUAUGGAACUGCAUUGCAGCGCUUACGCAGCAAAGAAAAAAACAUGAAUAAAAAAGCUGAUUUUCAUUGUAUCACCGUCAAACCUAAUUUAUAGUUCUUAAAACUUUACAUUUUCUGACCUUAAACCACGCCUAUAGCUUAAUAUGUUAUUAUAGUUAUUAUUUUGUUUUUUAGUUUUUUCCUUUGCUCGUUCCUUCCAAUAAAAUAUUGCUGUCGAGCGGCUGCAAAAGAUUUUUCGAAAUGAAUUCAAAAAAUGUUUAUUUAUUUAUUUCUCGUCUUCUUUUCUCAAUUCACACACUGUUAUUGUUUUCAUCCCCUUUAAGGAUUUUAAUAUUUAUUUUUCAAAUUAUUUAAGCGCAGACAUUAGUGGAGUUGUUGUUUUUAGAGCUAAUGCAGUUUUCUGGUCGUUAAAAAUUAUUUAUUUGGAUAGAUAAAAAAAAUAAUAAUGUAUUUAUAAUUUUGAAAUCUGAAAUUUAAUUAAUAUGCAAACUUUUUUAUUCAAAACUGUUUUUUACAUAUUUUUUAUAUAAUAUAUACAUACAUGCAUACACGUACAUACUGAGUGUUCAUAAAAUUUUCAUAAAUGUUGAAUCCAUCAUUAAUGUAACACAAAUAAAAGAGUGGCGAUAAUAUUAAUUAAAUAGUAAA